AUGUCGGGUCUGCCACGGGAGAGGGCUCUGCCCUGGGUACUGCUGCUGCUUCUCUCAGGCUUGCAGCUCCUGGUGACCCAGGCCUGGCCUAUCAAAAUGCGGGAGAACUGGAAUGACGAAGGAUCUGUAGGAGAAUACUUCCCCGCCACAGUGGAGUUCGCCUUGCACACAUUCAACCAGCAGAGCCAGGACUGGCAUGCCUACAGGUUGGUGAGCAUCCUGGACUCCAGGAAGGAGCAGCAGUAUGAGAAUAUAGCAUUCUCCAUGAACCUACUGUUGGGCCGAACCAUGUGUGGAAAAUUUGAGGAUGACAUUGACAACUGCCUCUUUCUAGAAAGCCCAAAGCUGAACAACACGUUGACCUGCUUCUUCACCGUCAGCUCCCAACCCUGGAUAACACAGUUCGAGCUCCUGAACAAGACCUGCUCAGAGGCGAUCCCAUGA